AUGGUUUUAAAUGUUAAAGAAGAUAAGGCUGGUGAUAGCUCACAUCUAGACAAGGUCAAUCCUGUGAUUUUGGACGCCAAAAAUAAGAAAAAUCUGAAUUAUUUUGAUGAAGAUCUGUGUACUGAGAAAUUCGGUCUUGGGCAAUUGAAAGUUAGAACUACUCAAGUAGAAAGGGACUUUACUUCAUGGGAGAUAGUGCCAUUGGAUUUUGAGGUGGGAUUGCAUUCGAAGGCAACACAUUUCAAACAGUAUACAACUGCUGAGCAGCAUAAUAUAAUAGAUGAAGGUCAGAUUAGCCAACUUCCAGAUGAAAUCCUUAGUCGUAUUUUGGCGUAUCUACCUCUCAAAGAAACCUGCAGAACAAGUAUUCUGUCGAAAAGAUGGAAACGUGUGUGGACUUGGGUUGCGGAUCUCGAUUUUAACGGGUUCACUACAUUGUGCCAGAGGAGGGUGACUGGGGAGGUUGAAGGGUCUCUGCCUCACUUACCUGCACUAAAGGAGUUAUCUAUAGAGCUUUGUUUAGCUGGCAAUGAGAGCAUGUGCGGACUUACUACAUUUUUUAGGGCAUCCCCAAACCUGGAGAAGUUUGUAAUAAAGACAUUAUACCCGCAGAAAAUAAUAACCCGCAGAGGUUCAGAUAAUGUUGUAGAUUGCCCUCUUCAACAUCUUAGAGUGGUUGAGAUAUCUCAAUACCGCGGCCGUUCAAUUGAAUUUGAACUAGUCCAAUACUUGCUUAAGAACGCAAUUUCCCUUGAGAAGAUAAUUGUUGAUCCACGUUUUAAAAUGGCUUCAUUUGGUGGUAACGAUUGGCUCCUUCUUGAAUCUGGGACAGUCGAUGGAAGAGAUGCAUUACUGGAACGGUCCUCGAGGUUGAAUGAGCAGAUCAGGUUGGGAAUAAGGCCUCCAUUUGGUGGUGAAGAUUGGUUCUGCGAUCUUGACACAUUCAAUCAAGAAGCUCGGAUAACAGAGGAAGCCAGAAGGUGUGCUGAGCAGCAACUCUUGGGAAUUAUAAUGCCUCCGCAUGUGACAUUGCAGAUCCUUUAG